AUGUCUUCUCCUUAUGUCCUCAACUUUGGUGCAGGUCCUGCCAAGAUUCCUCAACCUGUCCUCGAGAAAGCCCAAAAAGAAUUUCUCAAUGUCAAUGGUACAGGCAUGUCUGUCAUGGAACUCUCUCAUCGUUCAAAGCCCUUUGGCGCCAUUUUGGAAAAGACCAAGCAAGAUCUCACAAAACUCAUGAACAUUCCAGCAAACGACUAUUCCAUCUUAUUCAUGCAAGGUGGCGCCACUACUGAAUUUGCAUCUGUGUUUUACAACUUGGUUGCAAAGAAGCAACAAGAACUCAAAGACGCUGGCAAAGAAGGUGAGGAAAUUGUAGUGGAUUAUCUCGUUACCGGUGCUUGGUCCAACAAGGCAGCUCAAGAGGCUGAACGUUUGAUCCCCACUGUCAUUGGAAACCCUGUGCGAGUGAAUCGUGCACUGGAUGUCAAGAAGCUGAAUGGAACAUACGGCGCCAUCCCUCCACAAACUGAAUGGCAACUGACAGAUCCCAAAACUAGCAAUGUUGCCUAUGUUUACUACUGUGAUAACGAGACAGUGCAUGGUGUUGAAUUUCAAUUUGUUCCCAAGGUGGAUGCCACUGUGCCUCUGGUGACUGAUGUAUCCAGCAACUUUUUAUCUCGCCCUAUCGAUGUAUCUAAAUUUGGCAUUGUAUACGGUGGCGCACAAAAGAAUUUGGGACCAGCUGGUGUCACUAUUAUUGUGAUCCGCAACGAUCUCUUGGUGGAUCUCGGAGUGGGACCUAUUCGUCCUCUGAUGCUUGAUUUCAAGACUGCUGCUGACAAUGAUUCCAUGUACAACACACCUCCUACUUUUGCUAUUUACAUGGUAGGCUUGACUUUGGAGUGGUUGAUUGAACAAGGUGGCCUGGAGGCAAUUGAUCAAGUAAACUCUCGUAAGGCUGAAACGUUGUAUGCUUUCAUCGACGCAUCUCAGUUAUACAAGAGCCCUGUUGAACCUCACUGCAGAAGUCAUAUGAACGUUGUAUUCCGUUUGACUAGCGAAGAGUUGGAGAAGGAAUUUUUAAAGGGUGCUGAAGAGAGAAACAUGCAUCAGCUCAAGGGACAUCGCUCAGUGGGUGGUGUUCGUGCCUCUAUUUACAAUGCUCUGCCUGAGAAGGAUGUUGAUACCUUGAUUGAAUACAUGAAAGACUUUGAAAAAGCACAUGCCAAAUAA